CAAAAUAGUUGCUGAACCUGAAAAGGUAGCCACGCUUUACAUACGAUCAUCGAACGGGGCACUCAUAUCCACAUCCAACUCCCACAUCCAUACGUGCAGCCAUUCACUUCGCGGUGGUGCACUGCACAGGUCCUAGCUCUAUUCUAUUGCGCAAAUGAACAUGAUACAGUUAGGUUCUCCAGUGCGCGCCGGCGCUAUUCUGGACCGACCUCGAGCAGCGUGCCGGGCUUCGCUUGCUGGGGCCGGCCGUAGCGCCAGAAGCCGUAUCAACGCUUGCGCCACCAACCCCAAGACCCGAUCACGUCAAAAGGACAACCCCCUGACGGUGGGCGCUGUGACGGUGAUGACAGAGACGCUGAGGCUCUUCGGAGUGGGGCGUGAGCGGUACGAAGCCGUGGCGGCAGAGCCGCCCCGAAACCGGCCAUUACGGCGUGGCGAUGUGGCGGGCCUUAUGCGGCGCAUCACGACCGACUUUAAGCAGGCCUAUCUAGUCACGGGAAUUCUGGAUGAUUCCAUUUACGAUCCAGAUUGCUUCUUCGCGGACCCCACCGUCGCAUUCCGAGGGGUGGAUCUGUGGAAGCGCAAUUUGGCGUUACUGGUGCCCUUCCUGGACCAACCUGCCGUACAGCUCAAGCGAGUGCAACGGCUGGGCCGGGACGAGCAGGGCGCGGAGGUAGUGCGAGCUGAGUGGCGGCUGCGGACGUUCCUCCGAUUGCCCUGGCGCCCUCUCAUCGACAUUGACGGGGCCACAGAGUACACUCUCAACGAGGAGUCCAAUCGUAUUGUACGACAUGUCGAGUCCUGGGGUGUGAGUGGGACGCAGGCGCUGCUGCAAAUGUUUCGACCCUCCAACAACAAGAGCAGCUAACCGGCUAUUCCUUAUCGCCACCGGAUUCGUUGUUGUUAUUUAUGAAUGUUUUUGGUUUGGAAGGGAAGUGAUGUUCCCGCCCCCUCCCGGGAGUAUCCAGCUAUCUCUGUAUCUGCUUCACUCGUCCGUGAUUCGCCUUGACCUCUAGGGUGGGUGGGAGGAGGGGUUUCAGAGCCGCAAUUAUAGGGGGGCGGCCCGGGGCUGGUAGGGGGGAGUUAUGAGUUCAGAUGGAAAAAUGUGUGUGCGUGUGUGUAUGUGAGGGAGAGAAAAGUUCAUUUUGUACUUUUACAAAGACAAAUAUAUUUUUAUUUUAUUUUUUGCACUUAACGGAACAGAUGGAACAGUGCAAUACACUGAUACCUCUUUGCUACGGCGGAGUUCGAUGUCUGCAUGUAUGUAUGAUGUG